GCGAUGGCCGGGCGAGAAACCCCUGGAGCUUAACGCUUGGCAUACACGAUAUGUCCAUGCUAAAAAGAAGCCACAAUCCCGUCGAUCUUCAACCUUAUCUACCAGCUCCUUAUGCGAGACCCCUGAUUUACUAUGGGUCCUCAAGAAUUCGAACUCAGGUCGGUGGUUACUCUCACCAAUGAUCCAGAUGGUGAGCCUCGUCGACCACGGCAAUCUUCGAGCUUAGCAAAGGACAAGCAAGUCCUUCGUUAUUACAAACGCUCAUUAUGGAUCUUCGGGUUCUAUCUCCUUAUUCUCGUCCUGCCGUGGAUCUUUACCUGUGUUUUGAUGAUUAGGCCUAUCGACAAGGAAUCAUACUUCAACCAGGCGGGAUCAAUAACCCCCCGAAACGUGGACAAUUGGUACAGAUCGCGAGUUGCUCUCAGCUCUCUCACUGCAAUCUCAAGUGUUAUUGGACUCCCAAUAGUUUCUGGCCUCCUCGCUCAUGGCGCGGUUGUCUAUACCCAGCGUCGAAACGCAGACCAGAAAUUGAGCGUCUUGCAGCUGUUUACGCUGGCGGAUAGAGAAUGGCUUAACCCUCAAUAUCUCUUCAAACCUCCAAGCAAGUUCAAGAGUACAGAAAGAUCACUGUAUCUCUGGCUGGCGACUUUUCUCAUCCUGGUCACCGCCAUCCAGCCGCCUAUUCAAGCCAUCCUAGUCCGAGACGAAAGAAUCAGCGUUGUGACGUGCAAAGGGCAUCCCGCGAGGGACAACGAUCACGAUUCAGGAGCUUGUAAAUAUCCUUUCAAGGAUCUGGAUACCCAGGUCAUUGCGCGGGACGCGGAGCCCAUCGAUCUGAACUUCUGUCCACAAGACGUUGUCGUCAAGAAGACCAGCCAGAAGCUACUCAGCUCCGCCAAUAACGAUAUCCAAACCAACUUAUGGCCUGAUGAGGCUUCCAUUGGAGAAGACCCAAACUACUACAUGAACAAUAGGCGGACUCUUGAGUGGUACUACGAAAAGUCGACAUACGAUAAAGGCAAACGACUAUAUUAUGCGUCUUCUGUCGCCAACGGUACCGCCACUGGAGUUUAUCGGCAUCACGCAGUCAGGAUGGACUCCAAGGCAAAGUGUUACUUAUCCAAAGAUUUACCGAAAGAGUGCAAAGGAGACAAACCAUUCGCGCCAUCUUUCUCCGAGGGCUGGCUGAAUGUCGAAAUUUGUGCUGAGGGAAGUUAUGACACUGUGGCUUGGAACACAAGUCGAGACAAACAAGAACAUAACGAGACUUUGUGGUUGUCUAUGAAAUGGGAUAUUCCUGAAAGUGAAGACAGCUACGGAGUUUAUCGCAACAAUGAUAGCUACGUCCUCAGAUGCGAUAGCGUUUCAAGAAGAGGGUGGUUCCAGCUCCCGAAUGACGCAAAUGGCGGAAAGCCUGGACCCUUACGUGAUGAGUGGCCUUCCUGGCGAGAACUCAAGUACGAGUUCAACGAUUAUUAUAUCGAUAGCCCUCAGUGGGAUCGCAAAUUUCCAGGUGACAGGUAUCCAGCAGCAGAAAUCUCGGACGAAGAACUGAAAGAUUAUCGUGAUCAAUCAAGCUACACCUACCAGGUCCCCCCUGUGCCUGGUCCACUCAUGACGGUGGCUCUGGCUAUGUUUGGAAAUUCAUCGUUCUUUCAAGCAGCCAGGGAUGCUGAUCGUGACACUUACAACCAGACCAUCAAUAACAUCUGCGAGAACUCGUUGUUUCCAAUGCUUGGAAUGAUGCAGCGUAAUUACGAUCUGGGCUGGUGCAGCCGUUCUGUAAGAUAUCGUAACAAUACGCCGAGAAUGCAGGACGUCAUUUACAAUUACUUCAACGGCCUCAAGAAUGAAGAGGCCACCGCACAAGCGCUCGAAAAGGCCAUGUUCUUUGCGAAUGAAGCCCUUCUCACCACCGCCGCCUCGCUAUCCCAGAACCGCCCCAUCUUCUAUAACCCGGGAACUACAGUCAUGAAGCCAAAGAAGGACUUGGCGGCGAUGGUAACUGUCACUACACUGAUAGGUCUCCAGGUUGUGGCACUUUGCGCGCUGAUGUGGUUCAUCCGGCGUGCUCCUACGUGGACGGGGACUCUUGAUGCAGAUGCCCUGGCGCAGAUUGGAGGUCAGCUGAAGGAAUUGGGAGAGCCUAGGCCAGAUUUGAAGCAGAUAAAUGGUAUUGUGGGAGUUGAUGAGACUCGAUACCAUGCUGAGGUGUCAUCGGUGAGAUUGUCGUCGGGGCAAGAUGUUGCUUCGCAGUCAGGGUCUAUACAUCUGACUCUUGGAGGAGAGGGAUUGGUCAACAGAGGUGUGAUGACGAGGUUGCAAGCAAAUACAACUACUGUGGUUCAAGCGUAGUGCAUAUAUUUACCAAUCGAGCUUGAAGCGGUCGAGACUCCGUUUCGGCAGCUGUUCCUUAAUCCUACUGUCAGUGGAU